CUGCUCCCCAGGCAGAACGGGCGCGGGGCUCUCAGCCCUUCCACGUACGGGAGAUGCUCCGCGCCCCGAUCGUCUCCGCAGCCGUGCCCCCCGUCUACAGGGGGGGAAAUCAGCUGGGUGCGGCCGGGCUCUUUUUGGCAGCGCCCAGCGGCAGGGCAGGGGGCGAUGGGCACAAACUGGAACACGGGGAGUUCUGUAUGAACAUGGGGAAGAACUUUACCGGGAGGGUGGCAGAGCGCUGGCACAGGCUGCCCGGGGAGGUGGUGGGAUCUCCUUGUCCGGAGAUACGGAAACCCGCCUGGACGCUUUCCUGCUCAACGCGCUGCAGGGAACUGCUUUAGCAGGGGGUUGGACUGGGGAUCUGCAGAGGUCCCUUCCAAGCCCUGUGGCUCUGUGAAGCCUCUGCCCCAGGAGCAGGAGGAGGCCAGCGCUGCUCAAGCUCCCGGCUCAGCUCUCUGCAUCCCAGGGAGGAGCCCCGGCCCUGGGUGCGGUUCCGUGGGCGGCUGAGCCAGGCCAGCUGCUGGGGGCCAUGCCCACUGGGGAGUUACGGGUUUACUCAGCCUGAACCGCCUCGUUCGGCAGGAAGUGGUGCAGGUUUGUUUCACCCAGGGUCAGCGAGGUAAAACUGAGCUCACAGGGGUGUCCAGCGUAUCCCACAUCAGCGUCAUCAUCGAGCCAUAGAAGGUUGGGUUGGAAGGGACCUUAAAGCCCACCCUGUUCCACACCCCUGCCACGGGCUGGCUGCACCCCAGCUCAGGCUGCCCAGGGCCCCAUCCAUGGCCUGGGGCACCUUCAGGGAUGGGGCACCCACAGCUCUGGGCAGCACUGCCAGCACCUCACCGCCCUCUGAGUAAAAAAAUUUCUUCCUGACAUCUAACCUCAGUUUCCCCUUUUUUAGUUUAAUAACCUCAUAACCGAGGUUUGUGUGAUUCCAGUGCAUUUGUGCCCCUUACACUUCUCCCUAUACCCGCACCCUUCUGUGGGCACACCUCACACAACAGCAACCAUUCUCCAUCCUGCAAGUUUCAUGGGAUCAGGCGUGCCACACGAGCACCAGGAGCCUGCUGUGGCAGAGAUGAAGGAGGAGCUGCCCUUUCAGGAGCGCUGAGCUCUCGCAUCCGCCAUUUGACGAGCAAUCCAGCAGCUCACCAAGUGCAGCUGCCAGCACUUAGAUGCUGAGCUGAGCGUCUCAUUACAUUGUGCCAAUGCAAUGACUGCAAAUCCGCUGUGAUCUCUGGAUUGCUUUCCCGUGUUAUGGUAACCCUAAUUUCGCCUAACAUACGUAAGGGAGUAUAUAUUAACUUAUUGAAAGGCCUUUCACCUACACCUACCUAGGAAAGGCAGUUCCUGGUUGUAUUUUUUCCAUGGUUUGCCAGUUCUGCUGGCCAGCAGGAUGCCUGCACUAUGGCCACCCCAGAGAACCAGCUUUGCAGGCACUUUUGGGACCCCAAGUCCCAGCUCCUGGCUCACAGACAUCACUUUUCCAGGUCUGUUUCUAACCUCACCUCUUCAGGAGACCAGGCUCACUCAGGUUUGCCCAGCAAAGGGCUCAGCUUGGCUGUUCUCACCAGGACAAGGAGCAAAGCACCCAGUGUUGUGCCAAUCCUGGUGUUCAGCCGUACCACAAACCUUCCCAUUGCUCCCUCUGCGUCCAUUGUCCUGUUGGGUGUUCUCACCUAUCAGGCACAUCACGACUAGCCACUCACGUUAGGACUUCUCCUGAAUCUUCCUCUGAGACUGCAAAUUGCCAAAUGCAUAACCACAGUGCGAAACCCACCCUGUCCAAGAAACAGAAGGCUCCGUCUUUCCAGCUUUCUGCUAGAGGCCGUUGGUCCACGUGGCCCGCAUUUGCAGCUGGGCAGGUAGUUCUAAGGAAUCACAAACCCUGCCAUGCCCCAGAGGAGAGAACACCUAGCAAUGAACAGGCCCUUGUUAGCAUUCCAAAGCCACAUCACUUGGAGCAAUUGGAGUCUUACUUAAGGAAAGAGCUGCAGACUCUCAACCUGACCAAAGGGAUCUCCCAGGAACAGAAGCUACAGCCCUACAGAGAGAUCUUUGAAUUCUUCAUAGACAACUUCAAGACAUACAAGCCCUUGCUGUCAGCCAUAAAGAAUGAGUAUGAAGCCACACUGGCUCAUCAGAAGGAGACGAUCCGUGCCCUAGAGCCCCUGAAGGCCAUGGUCGCCACUGUGUCUGCGGAGUGCACCCAGCAGAUACUGGCCCUGCAGGAAGAGGAGAAAGUGGAAAUAAAUACUUUAAAGCAAGAGAAACAACACUUGUUAAAGUUUAUUGACAACAUGAAGGAAGAGAAGAGCUCUCUUCAGGCUCAGGUGGAGCGCCUGCAGAUGAGCGUAGCUGAGGAGUACACUCGCUACCUCCAGGAGCACGGCGCCCGCAGACUGCUUCUAGCAAAACUGAAUGAUAUGCACAACGAGCAGCUGAAUGUGAAACAGCACCAGGUCCAAGGUGUCACGGGUGAAGAUGUGGUGAAGCUCACUCUGGCAUUGAAGAUGGCUCGGCAGGACCUCACAAAAGCUCAGGUGAAGCUGAAUGCAAUGAUAGCAGAGUACGGAGACGUCGUGCCCAGGAAAGAUUUUGAAUCACUGGAGAAGAAAUAUUCUGAUUUACUUCAGGAGAUGAAGACUCUGAGGAAUGAUUUUGAUCAGCUCCAUGAGGAGUAUGAAACACUGCUGGAAAUCCACAGAGAGACCGCAGAAGAGCGGGACAGCUUCUUCAUCCAACUCCAAGAAGCUGAGCGCAGUUGCACGCCCCGGCCCAACUGGGCCAAGUGUUCAGGUGCCACCUGUGCUCAGCACUGGUUUGCUUAUAGACUAGAUGUCUUUAGACCUGUAUCCAUCGUAAGGCUCCUAAUGGGCUCGCACAAAACCAGUACUCGUGGGAAAAACUCACUUCUUUUAGCAUCUCAGCAUCUUUUUGCUGUUGCAGAAGCGAUGCCUGGUGGAGCGGAGCGGUGGGGCCAUCUGGCCGAGGGGAAGAGCAGCGAUCAGCUGGUGGACGUGCUUCUGGAGGAAAUAGGAACGGGAGUGCUAAAAGAGAUGAACGUCUUCCAUGGAUGGGGCAAAGGUGACAAGGUUCCUGUGUACCUGAGGUAUGAAGGCGAAGUCAAGAACAAAAAGCCAACUAAGAAAGAUGUGGUGAACAUCCUGAAGGACAUCUGGAAAGAGAAAAUUGCACUAGAUCAGCAGACAGGAGAGCGAUGCAGUCUUCCUGAGUUCUUCCUCAGCUACCUCCAGAAGAAGCACGGAGACGUCGCUGCUGUGGAAUGGUCUUACACUCUCUAUGAGUACAUGCGACUCUGUCCAUCAAACCACGUCAUGAGCUCGUUCUAUGAGAUACUCACUGGGAAGGUAGCCGAAGAGCAAUACCACAGCCAGAACCAGCUGAUUUCCAACCUGCAGAAGGAGCUGGCUGCCUGUGACAGCUCCAGCAGCGGGUCCCUGCCCAGCGAGCAGUUCAGGACGGCUCUGAGGGAAGCUUUUCCCCUGAAACAAAGAGAUGCGAUCCAAGAGCUGGUUGAUGCAAGCAGGUUCAAUCCAGACAGCGCUGAUGACCUCAUUGACUACAGAUCCUUAUUCAAAGAAGAUGAAGAAGGGAACCCUGAACCUUUUGUUGCAAAGCUCAGGAGCCAGUAUGCCAAUGAGAAGCACGAGUACCUGCGAGAGCUGAAGAACAGCCUGGGAGAUGUAACAGAGGUGAAUGCAGAUGACCUGAAGGCAGCCUUCUGCAGGAUUGAUCCUGAGAUCGAUGACCAGACGCUAAAUACCUACGUAGGCCUGGCUUACCAGGUCCGAAGAGAACAGCCUGAUCAAGAAGUUGUGCCUGUGGACAGCGUGCUGGAGAGACUCCGUGCUGGAGAUGUGAGACGAGUAGGGCCCUCACCCAGGAAAGAAAGCACAACAGACUUUGAAGGAGAGUGAGGAGGCUCCCUGCAUUAAGAAUAAAAAGCCUGUUGGAUCUGCAGUUUUGGAUACAAAGCUGAGUCAGGACUACUGCACUAAAUACCUCUUCCCACACGUGUAAAGACACACCUAGUCAGUAAUGGUUGAGAGGAUAGGCUAGUUUGAACUAUCCUGUAAAAACUGGUUGCAUUUGUGAACUGGAAAGACAUCACAGCCUGCAUGACAGAGCAAGUACCACCAGGCGCAUGAAGCCCCUGCAAUUUCUGCCUUAUUACUGAAAUUGGUGCUGCCUACCUCCAGCGCAAAUUGCUAAGUGUCAGGAAAGGACCUACUAAAGAUUGAAAAGGGAGAUGCAUCACCUACCUAGAAAUCAGGUGUCCUAACUGCACGUAUCUCUGGGAGGAGUAUUCUGAAUGUAGCAGUUUGAACACAGCAAAAUUCAGCGUAGCUAAAAAGAAGACGGCACUAAAACAGAAGGAAUGUUUGGUAGAUGAACAUCAGAUUUGCAAAGCUCUUCAGGAAAGCACCUAAUGGAGAGGCUACCAAGAGCAGGAUUCACUUGUUUUGCUUUGCCCCGAGCACUACAGAUUCCAAAAAGUUAAAUACACUGCCCUGUAAACAGCAGUUCUUUCUUUUGCCCUUCCAGUUACAUUGCUAGGACUUGAAAGAUGGCAAUCUAUCCCUCAAAGCUGUCAGUUUAGUUAACUAGAGCAACUAGAACACUUCUCAACAGAAGAGAGAACGGAUAGGGGAUCUCACCUUGUCCUCUUACAGCAGGAACCAGGAGGCUCUCUCUAGUCUCUCCUUAAGUGCUCUUAGAAAAUAAGGGUUCUCACAGCACGCCAGCAACAGAGAGGAAAGAAGCUGGAAGCUCUGUUAUUACUUCAGAACAAAGUUUUCAAACCUUGGCCUGCAAAGAACUGAGGGCACACUAAAAAAGCUGCACAGUGGUAGAAAAAUGUGUUUUAAAAAGAACAAGUUUUAUAAUGCGACAGUUAAGACAACAAAGCUGUUUUCUUUCAAAUACUGGAGAGGAAAAAAGCCAUAAUAAUGGAAUUACUUUUUUUAAACUUGAAAAUCACUGACCUUUGUGUUAGUAACUGCCUGCCAACUAACUCUAUUGGCCUUCAUUUCCUUUAGUGUUGUGCAAAAUUGGUUUAACUUGUAAGCACUGCUGCCAAAAGCUAGGUAUGAUUUCCAGGAGUCCUUAUUAACUGCACCAUUUGGAGCUCCAAUUGCAGACAUUUGGGAAGCUACACUGCACUUUUCAGUUAGGAGCUCUUCCUCGCAGAUCCAAAAAUACAGAAAGCGGUACUUAGUGGCUUCAGAACAUCUCUAAAAUGCAAAGAAGAAAAAAGGAAAAGCCGUUACUUCACUCCUUUAGUCUGGACAUACUGAGUGUAUUGAGAAGAGGCACUGGUAGGAUGUUUGGCUGAGCUGUGGCUGACCCCAGCUGGAAGCACCAGCCUUGUUCAGCCCCGCUCUGACUCAAGGGGACUGCAAAGCAGCAGCCUUCAGCCAUCCCUUCUACCCCUAGAAAUUAAAGACUCAAUUUUUUUUUUUUUUUAAGUCAAAUUAAUCUACUUAAAAGCUCCAGUUUUUCAAAUCUAAGACAGCAGCUAAAAAUUGGAGUGGAGAGGGGGGGAGAAGAGGAUGGAAUGGAUUUUUUUCCUUUCCCCUGAAAAUAAAUAAGCACUUAAAUUGCCUUACCUUGGCAACUGCAAACUAGCUAAGCACGCUAGCAUGUCAGACUGGAAGAACACAGAAGAGCAUGCAGAUGAAUUACAUGCACGAGAAAGUUUGAUGUCUAUUCCUCUGAAAACUGUGUCAUUCUUUCCCAGCUUGUGAUUUGUUUUAGAAACCCAUCCUUCUUUGCACCUUACAAAUCCUCCCACGUGGCUGAUCUCG